AGCUGCGGCCAUGGCACAUCCCUAGUGCAGCGGCGCCCCUCCGCCCCGGCUCCUGCCCAGCGGCCAGCCGGGCACAAGUUCACGGUGAUGGGGGCAGCAGCUCCCGCAGCCCUGGGUCUGGAGUCACCGUCCUCCCUGCCCCGGGCGGCCCGGGCACCGAGCCGCCCCCGCGCCCGUCAGCAGUGAGUGCCCGCGCCCCCCCUGGGCUGAGCGCGCCGGCUUCGGGAGCCCCCGAGCGCAGCUGGGCCAGGGGCAGGCGCCGGCCGGGAUGACCGCGGAGAGCCAGCAGCCCCUGUGCGGGGCCAGCCCCGCCGAGCCCGGUCUCCUGAUCAUGCCCCUGGCGAAGGCGGAGCCGGGGCCCCCCGAGGCGGGGCCGCGGGGCGCCGGCCGGCGGCGGAAGCGGCCGGCACAGCGGGGCAAGCCCCCGUACAGCUACAUCGCGCUCAUCGCCAUGGCCAUCGCGCACGCCCCGGAGCAGCGGCUCACGCUGGGCGGCAUCUACCGCUUCAUCACCGAGCGCUUCCCCUUCUACCGCGACGGGCCGCGCAAGUGGCAGAACAGCAUCCGCCACAACCUGACCCUCAACGACUGCUUCGUCAAGGUGCCGCGGGAGCCGGGCCGCCCGGGCAAGGGCAACUACUGGGCGCUGGACCCGGCGGCGCGCCGCAUGUUCGACAGCGGCAGCUUCCUGCGCCGGAGGAAGCGCUUCAAGCGCAGCGACCUCUCCACCUACCCGGGCGCCGCGCCCGACGGGGCCUUCGGCGCCCCCGCCGCCUGCUACCCCGCCGCGCCGCCCGCCCCGCGCCGCCUCUUCGGCCUCGGGGGCCCGCCCGGCGCCCCGCUCGCCCCGCAGCCCGCCCGCCCGCUCAGCCCGGAGCUGGCCCCGGCCCCCGCCAGCUCCUGCGCCUUCGCUGGAGCCGCCUACGCCAGCCCGGGCUGCGCCGCGGGCCCCGGCCCCUACCCGUACCCGGGCCCCGGCGCACCGCUGCCGCUCACCCAGGGGCCCUACGCGCAGGGCAGCGGCCAGCUGUACCCGCCCGGCCGCCUGGCCCUGGCCGCCUCGCCCCAGCUCGGCGGCGACAGCCGGGACUUCUACGGCCGCAUGUCCCCCGGCCCCUGCCCUGCGCUGGCCCACGGCUACAGCCCCGGCGCGCAGCUGGGCGGCCCCGGCGCCUACCUGCGCCAUGCGCCCUACCCCGGCGCCGUGGAGAGGUUCGUCCCGGCCAUGUGAGGGGGCCCGGGCUGGCGCUGGAGCGGCCGCCGGAGGGACAGAGCCGCCCCCGGGAGUGAGGAGCAGCGUCCCCUGCGGCAGGGAGCCGGCCCCAUGGGCUCCACGGGGUCCCCUCGGGGCCAGGGCUAGCCCGGGCCGCGGGGCGGGGCGGGACACUGAGACCGAAGCCCCCGGCCGCGGCCCAGGACAAGGCGAGUGGUCAGCGUUGUUCCCCUUUGCGUGCGCCCAGAACUGUGCUCCUGGACUCGCCCGGCGUGGGGAGCCAUGGGGCGCGGGGCUGUUCCCCACAUCGCCUGCCUCUCCCUGUCCUCUCUUCCCGCCGGGGCCCUGGGGGUGCAGGGCAGCACCGAAAAGGGAGAGGGAUCCGAGCUGUGCCUGCAGAAGACCCAAUUCCGCGUGGACCAUAAAGUCAUUCUGGCCCGGACUCAUCGGUCCCUUGACUCCCGUUUCCUUCGGAUCCCAAAGAGGGGGGCGGGAGGGUCAGCGGUUCUGUGCCUAAUGGCCUUGGACAUGUCACUGCAAUAAAUGGCUCUGCCGGCAGCAUCGCGUGGGGUUUUCAUCUUUAAAGCCACGUUUUCCACUUGUCUUCACUGCUUUUAGGCAAGUAGCUUAACCUCCCCAUCCCCUGAGCUAAUUUGUGACCGCUCCCUCAUUAGUCACGCGUGCCCCAGGUCAGCUUUCCGCUCCGCUCCUUCCAGGGCAGGGGCCGUGCGAGUUCCCAGAGCCGCUGCGCGAGCAGAUCCCUCUGGGUUUGAUUAAUCUCCCGGAUUCAUUUCGUGAGAUCCUGUACCCUGACCGCAGACGGGGCCUUGUGCCCUCCAGUCCGGUUAGUGAAUGGGAAUCAGGCCGGAGGCAAAGCCCACUGAAAUCAGCCUUUUGGAAACAGGGUUUUACUCACUCCGCGCUGUUUGGAGAGGCAGCCCAGGCGGACUGGUUGUUUGCCGCAGUGAGUGGCGCACCUUUGCGCGAGGCGCUGUACAGACCGGUUGGGCUACACUACACAGAGACCCCCCCCCCCCCCCCCGAACUCGCUGCCGUGUCUACAUGGGGAAGGUCUACUGGUGCAAACUAAGGAGGUGAAUUAAAACGAUGCCGCUAUACAGGUGUC